AUGAAAUUUUUUAUUUAUAAUUUUUUGUGUGUUCCGUCUUUGACUGUAGAAUUUGGAGUGGCAUGUCUAACAGUAGUGUUUACGAUUUUAACGUUAUCGAUAUUUGGGGUGAAUGCAUCCGAGCUAUCAAGUAUGUUUUCAGAUAAAAUCGUAGUGUUUGUAACUAUACUCUUGUUGCUACUAACUUGGCUCAUAGCUGUCAUAGGAGCUUCUAUGAGAUCAAGAAAAUUGAUAACUUUUACAAUUAUUCUUUGGACUAUCUUCAUUAUUAUGUGGCUAGGGUUAUCGUUAUUCUUCAGAGUAAUCAAGAAAAACACCCAGUUCUGUUUAGCGAAAAAAUGUGCUCCGUCUAUGUGGCUUGGCGGAAAAGGCGGCGGCGAAGAUGGAGGAGACGGAGAAGAUAAAGGCGAUGACGAUGGCGGAGACGAUAGAAGAAGACUACGGUGGAAAAAUGACUCGCCGGAAAUAACUGAUAAGACCUUUCACCCGACGAAGGCGAACGUAAUGCCGACCUCCUAUGCUGCUACUCUUGAUGCUGAUACCGUCGUGUCAAAUCAAAGGAGUAUGAUGAUUGGUGUCAACAACGGAUGUGGUCAUCAACGGAUAACGACCGAAAACCCGCCGAGCGAUUUAAUAACGCGCGUCAUGGAGUACCGGAAAAAUAUGUCUUUGUAUCGUCAAUUUGCGGAGGCAGCGAUACAACGGCACAAGAAAAAAGGGAGAAAAAAGGGUUUAGAUGAUGACGAUGAGAAGGAGAAGGACAGUGAUGAUGGCGACUCGGAUACAGAAGCUAGUAGUCCUCCAAUAAUAGACUUGUUGUUAUUGGCAGUUUUUUUACGUAAGAUUCCACAAUUGUUUUCUGCCAACCAUUUUCAGUCAUCAAACUGCAGACUGCAGUGA